AUAUUGUAUAGAGACUGACGUCUGUUCCUCUCACAUGAAUCGACGUAACCUUGUAAAAAACAUUUCUCGCGCAUGCUCUCAACAAUCAUUUUGGAGAAAACGAAUAUACGAUCCACCUGUAACAAUGUGUAUUAAUUAUUCACCCUCGCUGGACGUUUCCAUCACUUCAGUGUCGACCACUGCAGGUACAAUGGUCAAGACUAUAAGCACCUCGGUAUCCAUCAUAUUUCGAACUUUUCAUGUCCAAUGUUAUCUAAAGACUGGCGGUCUCUUCCUUUUUCAUGAAUCGAUGUUACGUUCUGAGAAACAAAAAAACCUUUCUUGCUUUCAAUAUUUCGUCUCGUGAAUACCAUAUUAAGGAAAAAAUGCGCAUAUGUACACGUGUUCUUCCCACGUAUUAGCUUCUAUAAGAAGCUAUAGAAUUCUAACUGUAGUUAACAAAAAACUUUUAUUGAAUUUAUCACGCAAUACAUAUCGUCUCCAUUUCUUAAUGAAGAAAAUAAAUUUGCCAAAGGUGACUUGCCAUACGAUAUGACGCUGUUAGAAGGUAAAACAUUUCAAUAUGUAAUAAUUAUAAAUGCAAAAAGGUUUGCCUUAAUUAACACAUUAAUUUAAAGUAAUAUUUAAAAGUGACAAACAUUAAAUUAGACAUUAAAGUGCACGUAAUAAAAAAAAAGAAAUAUUACACUUCAUUCUUAUAAUACAUGCUAAUAAACUAUGAAGUGACAUGUUUAAAACAGUUUUUGAUUAUUACAAGUAUAAAUUUUAUAUUUGUUAUUUUACAUAUUCUCGACAUUGUAAUUAAAUAUUUGCAUUUUAAUAAACAUAAAACAAGAAAAUUUAAGAAAUUAAAAUUUUUUUCCUAAUCUUUAUGAAAUUUAUAGUGUUUAUAUUAUGCCAAAAUUUGGAAAAAAUUUAGUGUUUUUUUGUUACUAAAAGUGUCGCUAUUUGUAGCAGUAUAAAUUGCAACUCUGGCAAAUAAAGCUCUGUAUUAUUCAUUUAUAGUCGAAGAAUAUGACUUGUACAGUACAAUUCUUAUGGUUAAACUUAACAUUUUUAAUAAUUCACACAGCAUAAGAGCACAAACACUUCAAAAAUUAUAAUUACAUCUCUAAGAACGUUUAAAUACAUGUUUUUUUUUCUCUCUUUUCUUUUGCUCUCUUAUUGUAAAGGUUAUUUUCUACAAUAUUUUUUUUUCUUUAUCCAACUUUCGUCUCAUGUGAUAUCUAAAUAUUUAGAUAACAAACAAAUUAGACAAAAAACAAAUCUGCAAAGUUAACAUAAUUAUCUUAUAUUUUCACAUAUAUGCAAUAUAAUAUUGAUAUCAUACGAAUAAUAUUUAACAAUUUUAUUUGAUUGAUAGAAAAUUUUUUUUAUAUAAUCAUAUAUAUACUCAUAAUAAGAAUUUUCAACAUUUAAAAUUAAAACCUGAAAUCGUCGGUUUAUAUACAAGUACAAUAAAAUAAAUUGACAUUUGAA